AUGAGUAUGGAGAAAACCUCGAUAUGGAAAACAUCAAAAUUUUUAAAAGCCCUGUUUUUUAGUUUAUAUAUAUUAUCAAAAAUGUUUAAAGAAAAUGAUGAUUAUAGUUCACGUUCACCAUUGUAUGCAACCAAUGGUGUAUGUUCAUCAAGUCAACCACUAGCAUCACAAGUAGGCAUUGACAUUUUAAAGAGAGGAGGUAAUGCAGCUGAUGCAGCUGUUGCAAUGGCUGCAGUUAUGAAUCUAACCCAACCUUGUUCAACAGGAAUAGGAGGAGAUUGUUUUAUGAUUUAUUAUGAUGCAAAGACCAAAGAGAUUCAUGGUAUGAAUGGUAGUGGUAGAGCACCAGAAGCAUUGACAUUGCAAUUGGUCAAAGAAAAGGGUAUUACAGGUGACUGCUUACCACCAUACAGCGCAUUGACAGUGACUGUCCCAGGUGCAGCUGCCGCAUGGUGCGACACUAUCGAAAAGUUUGGUUCUGGCAAGCUCACAAUGACCGACAUUUUAACACCGGCCAUUGAAUAUUGCGAACUAGGUGUACCCAUCCAAUCGAAAACCUCCAUGUGGUGGGAAGCAUCUAUGGACCAACUCAUGACAGGUCCACACUCUUCCGAACUACUAAUCAAUGGUCAACCACCCAAACCUGGUCAAAUAUUUAAAAAUCCAAACCUUGCUAAAACCUUUAAAUUAUUAGCUUCCAAAGGUAAAGAUGGUUUUUAUAAAGGAGAAAUUGCAAAUGAAAUUGUCAAAGUAAUAAAGGAAUUGGGAGGUGUACUAAGUUUAAAAGAUUUAGAAAAUCAUAAAACAACAUUUGAUAAACCAAUUCAUAUUAAUUAUAGAGGUUAUGAUAUCUUUGAAAUUCCUCCAAAUGGUCAAGGUAUUACUGCUUUAUUAGCUUUAAAUUUAUUAGAAGAAUAUAAAUUAUCAGAGAUGAAUCCAUAUUCAAAAGAACAUUUACAUUUAUUGAUUGAAUCUUUGAGAAUUAGUUUUUCAGAUACAAGAUAUUAUGUAGCAGAUCCAGCAUUUUAUGAUGCACCAUUGGACAAGAUGCUAUCAAAAGAGUAUGCACGCGAGAGAAGAAAGUUGGUAGACAAGGAAAAAUGCAACAAAAAUGUUGAAAAGGGUUAUCCAGCCAAUUCAAGCAACACCAUUUAUCUGACGGCCGUAGACCGAGAUGGUAAUGCAUGUAGUUUUAUCAAUUCAAACUAUAUGUCUUUUGGUACUGGAAUCAUACCAAAGGGAUGUGGAUUUACACUUCAAAACAGAGGCGCCAACUUUUCAUUGGAUCCAUCUCAUCCAAACAGUCUCCAACCAAACAAACGACCAUACCACACCAUCAUCCCAGGUAUGAUUCUCAAAGAUGGACAAUUAUUUGCUAGUUUUGGUAGUAUGGGAGGAUUCAUUCAACCACAAUCACAUGUUCAAUUAAUUGUCAAUCUUAUCGAUCACAAGAUGGAUCCUCAAGCAGCAAUCAAUUUUCCAAAGUUUAUGAUUAGUGAUGGUGAAUCAAAUGGUCGAAUCAUAUUUGAAGAUGGUCAUCAAGAGGAAAAUAUUAAAGGUCUAGAGAAAAUGGGUCAUAAUGUUCAACUUGGUCCUGUCAAAGGUCACGAUAGAAGAAUAUUUGGUAAUGGUCAAAUCAUUGUUCAAUUGACAGAUGAAAAUCAAAAUAGAAUUUAUUGUUCUGGUACUGAUAAUAGAUGUGAUGGUAUUUCUUCAAUCUAUUAA